CCCGGGGCCGGCCGGUGGCGAGGGGCGGAGGUUCCGCGGCGGCGGCGGCGCCGGGCGCGCUGCAGGGGUAAAGCCCGGCCGCCGGCGGGGCCGCCAUGCCCGCCAAGUCCAAGUACAACCUGGUGGACGACCGGCACGACCUCCGCAUCCCGCUGCACAACGAAGACGCCUUCCAGCACGGCAUCUGCUUCGAGGCCAAGUACAUCGGGAGCCUGGAUGUGCCCCGGCCAAACAGUCGGGUGGAGAUCGUGACGGCCAUGCGGCGGAUAAGGUAUGAGUUUAAAGCCAAGAAUAUCAAGAAGAAGAAAGUGAGUCUCAUUGUGUCGGUGGACGGCGUGAAGGUCAUUCUGAAGAAGAAGAAAAAGCUUCUUUCAUUGCAGAAAAAAGAAUGGGCCUGGGAUGAGAACAAAAUGCUCGUCAUGCAUGAUCCCAUCUACAGAAUAUUCUACGUGUCCCACGACUCCCAAGACCUAAAGAUCUUCAGCUAUAUUGCCAGGGAUGGGUCUAGCAAUGUCUUCAGGUGCAACGUCUUCAAAUCCAAGAAGAAGAGCCAAGCCAUGCGCAUCGUCCGGACGGUGGGGCAGGCGUUCGAGGUCUGCCACAAGCUGAGCCUGCAGCACACCCAGCAAAAUGCAGACGGGCAGGAGGAUGGAGACAGUGAGAGGAACGGGGACGACCUGGACGUCCCAGCCUGCCGCCUUGCCGGCACGGAGAGGUCAGCUGCCUCGGCGGAGGAGACAGACAUCGAUGCUGUGGAGCUGCCGCUGCCCGGAGCAGACAUCCUCGACUUCAGCCGUGGGGUGACCGACCUCGACGCCGUGGGCAAGGAGGCGAGCGCCUACGCCGACACCAAGGGCUGCCUCCACCCUGAAGACAUCCUGACAGCGUCGCCCAAGAUGCUGCUGCCCUCGUCCGCCCAGCUGCCCGACCUGGGAACGCCCCUCUCUGCCCACCACCAAAUGCAGCUUCUCCAGCAGCUCCUGCAGCAGCAGCAGCAGCAGACGCAAGUGGCCGUGGCACAGGUCCACUUGCUGAAGGACCAGCUGGCUGCAGAGGCGGCGGCGCGGCUGGAGGCCCAGGCUCGCGUGCACCAGCUCCUGCUCCAGAACAAGGACUUGCUGCAGCACAUCUCGCUCCUGGUCAAACAGGUGCAGGAGCUGGAGCUGAAGCUGGCGGGGAACAACACCACAGGCUCCCAGGACAGUCUGCUGGAGAUCACCUUCCGCUCCAACGUCCUCCCCGUCCUCUGCGACCCGACCACCCCACAACCCGAGGACACCCACCCACCGUCGCUGGGCCCUGGCUCGGGCUUCCCCAGUGGCCUGGGCAGCCCCAUAGGUAGGAACGACUGUCUGGUGAAGCUGGAAUGCUACCGCUUCCUGCCGGACUCGGGGCAGCCCGCCCCGGAGCCGGCGCUGGGCAGCCUGGAGCUCAUCAAAUUCCGCGAGUCGGGCAUCGCCUCCGAGUACGAGUCCAACACGGACGAGAGCGAGGAGCGGGACUCCUGGUCCCAGGAGGAACCGCCGCGCCUGCUCCACGUCCAGUCCAGGCAGGACCUGGGUGACAGCCUGGAGGAUGAGAUCGCGGUGUAGGGGUCGGCAGGAGGUGGUGCAGAGCAGCGGGGACCCGCCGGAGCCGGGGUGGACCCUGGCCAUAGCCCCUUGGCGCUGGCAGGGAUGGGGACAGCCCAGAGGGAGAAGGGGUGGAGGAGGGAGCGCAGGGCUUCCAGCACAGGGCCGGGAGGUGUGCGGAGGUGGUGACGGAGCCAUGACGAGGGGGUGAGCCGGGCGUGCUGUGCUCCAGUGUGCAUGGGCUUGUGUGCUGAGCUGGAGCGUCCCCGCUUCGCAUGGGACGGCGAGCUGCCAGCUGCUUGUGCUACCCCCUGGUCCCCGUCACCCUGCAAGCUGUGUUUUGAGGUUGGGCAGAAGCAAAGGACCCUUCCGGACACUACAUGAGUUGCCAGUGCUGCUGGUGCUCCAGCGGGGAGAGCCGUAAAGCAAAUGAAGGUUUUUGCUGGGGGAGUGAGAGAGCAGGGACGGGGCAGUGAGCAGGGACAAGGGGGACCAAGGAGGCAGUGCUUGGGGCAGUGAGUGGGGACAGAGCUGCUGGCAGGGGGUCUGGCAUUCUGCGUGGUGGGGAAGGUGGGAGAUGAGGCCAGGGCCAUGCUAGCGGGGUGGUUAGGGUUGGUGACAGUGCACCGUCGGUGUGGGUGUGCGAGAGGUGAGGCAGCGGGGGAUAGUAAGGACGAGCCUGGAAAGGAGCUGAAGGGGUUAGAUGAGGUUGCACAAGGGAGCCAGGCACAGGCAGCUCCUGGCAAGGUGGUGGUGUUUGUGGCACUUCCAGGCCAGAGAUUGUCCCUGCCUGAGGCAGGUGGAGGGCGUGCGGUCACUGCCUACUCCUCUCCCGGGGCGCAGCGUGGAGAGGAAGGCAUGGCUUAGCGUGGAGCAGGGAGCCAGGGCACGCAGCACUGGGACAUGGAGUGUCCUUCCCCUCGUUGUUCAGUCCACAGGCUCCUUGGCAUGGCUGCCAGGUUUCAAAGCCUUUCUGGUGCUCUCAAGUCAGGUUUUCGAGCACUUCCCUGCACCCCCCAUCACCACAAACUCCCUGCUUUGCUUUAUAGACAAACCCUACCAUUUCCAAGCAUUCUUUUUCCCUGGACCAGGGCUGGGGGAUGCAGUGUUGGCAUUGGCUGUGUGCAGGGAUGGGCAAGCUUGCCACCCCUUGAUGGCGAGUGAACUGCUGGUGUCUGCAGGUUGGCUCUUUCACAUCUCUGGUUUGCACCCUCCAAAAAAGUGAAUCCAAGAUCUCAGGAUUCCCCACCAGACCUCAUGACAUCUGUGGUUGAGCCAUCUGUGGGGGUCCUCCAAGGGAUCCAGAAGUUGUCUCUUUUCACAAGCACAUUUAUCAGCUGCCUGUUGCUGCAGCCUCUAAAAGGCCACGGCUGAAGGGGUAUGAACCAGAGUCCUGAUGUCGCCUCUGCUCCCCUGGAAACACUUGACAAGGUGGGGAUUGGCUCAGUUUUCCUCCUCCCCAUCCACCUUCCUGUCCUGCUUCUGCUUCACUUUGUUGCUUCCCUGCUGCUCUCACCUUCACCAGCUCUGUCUCUGCUAGAUCUGCCAGCACCUAACCCCUAGUGGAGCAUCUCCCAGGCACGAGCUCUUGCUCUCCUCCAGGGCUUAGCCCUGCUGCUGAGGAAGGUCCAUCGCUUCUUUCUGCCCUGGUCCCCUUGGGACUUGAGGGCUGCUGAGAACAGAGGUGUGGGUGAGCUCCCAAGGUCGGUAUGAGCUGUGCUAUGCACCCUCCACCACAAGAGGAGGCUGGAUGCUAUGAGGAGCUAGAGAGUCCUAGUGGGAAGGAAGGCCACGUUUCAGGGUCCCCAGCAGUGGCCUGGUGCCCAGGGGAGCCCCUGCACUGGGCACAGUGGGAGCAGAUGCAGAUUGUGAUCCAGGUACUCCUGUCCUCUUGCCACCAAUGCCUCCGUAAGCCCUGUCCUGUACCACUGUGUGCCAGCCCCUCUGCUGGGAACCCCAACAUCUCACAGCAGUUGGAGGUGAAGGCACAGGGUAAGGGCUGAUCCUGCCAGGAAGGAGAGGUGGAGAUGGCAGCAUGUGGAGGACAUGGUGCAGGCAGGGUAAAGAUAUAUGAGUGACCUCGGAGAGGGAUUUCUGUGUGGGCAGAUAGACUGUGUAGGAGAGAGGAUGGAAGGAUCUCAACCAUACACAUAGGGCAGAUGAAGGGAGAGCCCAGGAGGAGAAGCAGCAGGCAGGAGGUCUCUCUCAAGCUGGUCUGCCUCAGAAAGUGGGCAGAGCUGAGCCAUCUCCCCAUGCCACCGCUCCUGCCCGUCCCUGCUGCACACAUGCAGCCCAGGCGGUGCCCUGCAAGGAGCUGCUGGGACCAGCUGUGGGCCCGGGCUCCUGCCCAGCACUCUGCCCACAGCAGAUGAUGGUGGGUGCCCCACGGGCUGAGGGGGUGCUGCCAGAGCCAGGUGGGACCCUGCCAGCAUCCUGCCGCACUGCAGGUGUAUAUGUGUAAAUGAUCGUCCUCCUAGCUCAGCGCUGCCUCCGAGAACACCUCUCUAGCCUCUCACUUUUGUUAUGGACCUUGACUGAGGAUUUAUAGCGAUAUUUUUUGUCCUUUCUUUUCCUACAACUGUCGUGUUACUAACUGUUGACUCAAUCUAUCUGGGAAACCAAUCUGUCAAUGUAAGUGCACUUAACCCUUGGGUGUUGUCAUUACUCGACUGGCUUUUGCUAAAUAAAUCUUUCUAUUUCUCAA